AUGUCAUCUACUCCGGGUCCAUCCAAAAGCUCCCAACCACCCGCACGGUCUCUCGACCGCCAAGUCGUGCUCGAUGAAGACGAGUACACCGAGGCACUCUCCCACAUCAUCGCUCGGGACUUCUUCCCUUCACUCGUCCACCUCGACGCUACAAACAGCUACUUAGAUGCGCUGCAAACACAAGACCCGGGGCUCAUUCAGGCAUCCGUGCGUCGCCUCGAAGACCUCCAGACCCCCGUCGCACGUACCCGACCAUGGCAGACUCCCUCACAAACCCCAUAUGCUGUCGGUCCGAUGGACACCCCCAUGCGUACCCCGCGCACAGAGAGGGGCGAGGCUCCCAUGAAGAGGCCACGCUACGAAACUGAUAUGAGCUUGGACGCCUUCCAGGCGCGCUACACAUCGGAGGACAACUCGAGCUUCACGCAGAUCCUCGAGGACGAGAACAGGCGGCGGAAGGAGAAGUACAGCUGGGCGUGGGACGCACAGCGUCGGGUGGAGGCGCAGAGGGAGCGCAUGCUGGAGGGGCGGGAGAGGCUGCUUAUCGAGGCGCCGUCGGGGGCGGGUGUGAAGGAGAAGUUCCGGAUAGAGGCACCGAAGCCUGCGGGGCUCAUCGAAGCUGCGCCCGCGGAGGCCCUUGCGGUGUAUGAGGAUGACGAGGAAGAGGUGGAGGACCUGAUCGAUGGGACGCACGCCUCACCGCCGGCGCCGAAGCAGAACAAGGACAAGUCUGGUGCGCUUGUUAGAGUCGAGAAGCGGGAUGACGCGGAGCGGGAGGUUGUGGACGUUAUGGCACCGAAGAAAGACACGCGGCCAGCAGGCGUAGAUGGAUGGAAGUUCAGGGCACGGAACGCGUUGAUGUUCCCUCCAGACGCAGAUGUCGCGCCAUACAACACAUCCAGCGUUCAAUCUGCGGAAGAAGCGAAGGGCCCCCCGAAAACGAUCAAACAUGGGAACACACGGCUUCCAGAGCAGGACGAUAAGCUGGACCAUUCGUUAUCUGCACCGCCCAGUCCAACACGUAGUAGGGUUGAUGCUGCCAUUGCUGGUACUCCAUAUCGACCGAGGUCGCCGACAAACGACCUGCAUUCGCUCAUACCUUCAGUGCCAUCGCCUACGCCGUCGGAGUUGGGCCCAGCCGCCGUCAAGCAGCUCAUGACAUGGGGCACGCUGAACGCGACUCCUCGGGUGCUCUCUCAGUCGGACGACCCAGUGGACAUUCCCACCCCCUCGACUCCGUUCCGCAUCGCGGCACCCAGUUCUCGGGAGCGAUUAUCGCACAAACUCUCGAGCGACGCCGCGAAGAGCCUGCGGGCGAAGGCGACGUUACUCGGCGGUGUUCCCUUGCUAUCGCGAUCCUCGGGUGGCACCGGUGGCAGCCGCCGCACAUCAAUGCCACCACCUUCGUUCACACCACGGAGAGCAGACGCUCCCGGGUCGCUGACACCAGCGGCGAAGCGGCUGCUGGACAGGACAACCAUGGGAACGGCAGCGUCGAGACGUGCGGAUGCGAUGGGACGAUUAGCUGGCUGGGAAGGUGACAGGAAGGAAAGAGAUCUACAGAAGGUCCGGUGGACGCCAACGCCCAGCCCAGUGACGAGGAGGGGUUGAAGUGUUGUGCCUUGUUACCUCAGGCAUCUACGUGUAACAUGGUCCCACUCGAUAUCGUUGCACAAUGGUAUCUGGGAAGUGAGCAAAUAAUGAUACAUGGGUGUGAACAUGGGCGUAAGCACGGGGACGAAAUCCAGGAGUAGUGUGUCAGUACAUCAGCUUGCUGACAGUUUCCGUCGUUUUGUCUCCCGGUCGUCCGCCUCCGGUUUGUUCUUCCCGUCUCCUUUGGACGAUACCGCUAGUACCUGUGCAUUGGGCGGGCUCGCAGCGGCUGGUUUCGACGACUUUUUCUUCACGAGAACGCCCUUGAGCGACUUCUUGGUCUCCUUUUUUAAUGGGGCAGGAAUUGGUUUCGCCUUUGGCGGAGCGCUGUUGCCCGCCACGCUCGUGGCACCAAUCGGUGGUGGCUUGUUCACCGCAGUUUCUCGCGCGGCGACCGCCUCCCGGAAGUGUUUGAGCUCCUCGCCCUCCAUUUCCUUCCGGAGACGUUCCUCCUCGCGCUGUUUCUCCAGCACGGAGUCCAGGAAAAGCACCUCAUCCUCCUCGAGCGCACGGAAUUGGUUUCCUAGCUUGUUGCGCUCCUCCCAUUCCUCUUGUUUGGCUGCUUUGUUCGCAGCCAGUUUCUCCGCAAGACUCCGUCCGUCAAACACAUCCUCUGCGGGCUGCGGAGGCGGUUCCUGACCGAGCCUAGCGUAUGCUGCCUUCCACUGUUCGUCGCGCCGCGCCUUGGCAGCCUCUAGUUCGUCCUGGGUGACGAACCUGGAGCCCACGCCUCCUGUCUGUAUGGAUGGGAUUGCAUCUUCCAUGCUUGGGUGGCAGCGGAGUGUGUGCUAGUACCGAGUGCAGCAGGCCAGUCCGAGUUGCAAGUCACGGAUGAAUAUGGCCAGAGGCAAACCGGACGCCGGGCGCGUGCGAUGUGCCGAGGGUGAGCGAUUGGCGGCGGAGUGCCAAGAGAGGAAAGGAGCCCCGUGACCGAGGCAUAUGGUUCUGUCUCUCUCCCGCCAGUUCGAAAGCGACAGCGGCGCUGCACUGCGCGGUGCCCCAUCUCUCCGCCCCCAAAGCCUGCUGUCGACCUUUGCUCUCCUUUGCCGUAUGCCCCUACGACCCCGAUGAACCCAGACCCCUCCCAGCACCAGCAGCAGCCUCCUCCGCCCUCCGCCUCGUCAGCCUCCACCUUCUCCAAGCAUCUCUCUGUCCACAGCUCCAAGGCAGCGCCUUCGUCCGGAAAGAAGUUUAUCAACACAGCACCCCCCUGGGCAAGAGACGAGCCACCCUCGCCGAACGAAAACGAACCCUCCGCUGGCUCUAGGUUUGCACACCUCAACGCAACCCGUCCGUCCGAUGCUUCGUCCUUCCAGUCCUCGUCUGCCGCGGCGCCCGAAGACCCCGGCCCUUCGCGAUGGUGGGCAUUCACGCGGCAUCGGCCCACCGACUCCGGUUCCAUUCCACUGUCGCCGAGUCUUCAGCGCGCAAGGCGCCCGCGCGACGGUUCCCGCUCCAUGUCAAUUCCAUGGCUCACCGCAUCCGUAUUGCGGCGUUCCCAGGAGGACCAGGAAGAGGGAGGGAGCCCGUCAACGCUGCGCGGUGAGCCCGAGCAGGACGCGUCGUCCAAUUCCGGUGCAACCCCCCGGCUGAGCAACCGGAGCCGGUUGCGGAUUGACAUGCCCCCAAACAACGCGCCGUUCACGUUCACGCUCGCGCAGAACCGCACGCCGGGCUGGGAGACACCAUGGACGUCAGCGCACCCAAACAAUGCUAGCUCGAUGGACGGACAGAUGCACCACGAGGGAGGCUCGGGCCACGACGACGAGAAGCUCACGUCGUGGCAAAGACGGCGGAAACGGCUACGGGCAUACAUGCUGUACAACGUCUAUGUUCCAUUGCUCUUCCGCAUAUGCAACAUCGCCCUCACGACGGCUGCGCUCGCAAUUGCAAUCCGAAUCCGAAUUAUCGAGCAGCAUGCUAGAGUCACUGGCGCCCUAGGCCCGUCUCCAACAGUGGUUAUCAUUUUCGCAAGCCUGACGCUCGUGCAUGUCAUGAUAGCCAUAUACCUCGAAUAUUUUGGCCGCCCGCUGGGUCUUUGGCACACGUCCUGGAAACUCGCCUACACUCUGCUGGAGGUAGUCUUCAUUUGCGCGUGGUCCUCCGCGCUCGCACUCUCUUUUGAUGGUUUCUUCACUUCCUUGAUACCCUGCACAUCCCCCUCCAGCAUCUCCUGGUACAGCCAGCUCCCGCGUCCGACCCUACCUAAUGGGGUAAAUGGCUUCGAAGGCGGCGUCGGCGAUACAUUAUGUGAUGACCAAGUCGCCCUCAUCUGUUUGGUGGGCGUUGGUCUUCUGAUGUAUUGCUUCAACCUCUUCAUUUCGCUCUUUCGAAUCUUUGAGAAGGUCAAGUAUCACCCUGCCGCCACAGUAUCUGCAUAGUGCAGCGCUCCAUGGCCCUCGUGCUAUCUAUAUCUGUCCUCUCUUGCGAUGCGGUUCUAGUUUGCUCAGCAUGAUACUACAUGCUUUCCCCUCUCUACGCGACAUCCCUUCCUGUCCACAUCCAGUGUUUAGCCCAGCACCCUGUAUCAAAGCUGCCCAUACCACCCGCAUCCAUCGGCUUACAGUACUACGUACGAUUAUAGCUCAACGCAGAACACAAACCAAGGACAUUAGAGUUCAAUUCACCUCCGCUGCUGCCUGACGUCAACACAACAUCUCUCCUUUACACUUUUGUGCAUGUUCGCGUUACUAUCACCGCUACCAUCUGCGCUAUUGGCGCAGGCUCUGGCUUACCCACAUCCCCUGUAUUACUCUCGUCUACCGCCGAAUCUCAGUGCUGGGACCGUGGCGUGUAUUAUCA